AUGGCUUCAUCGUCUAUUUUCAAUAAAAGUCUUAACAAAAGUAAUGGACAUAUUGGGCCAAGUGUUAGGGAAACUAGUUUUGUGGCUUGUUUUAGCCAUUCGAAUAUUCUGGACGGUGAAAAUGUGAAGCUAGAAGAACACACUAACAGAGAGGACAGCAAAGUUUUUACUAUGGUUGAUCCGGUAUGCUCGUUUUAAUUGAUUUUUUGAAUUUAGGGAUAUUUGACGAAUGGAUAAUAUCAAAUUAGUGAUUUUAAACAUUGUUUUGAUGCCUUUGCUUUGAGAUUUUAAGUUUAUAAAAGCUUUAUGAUUAAUUCAUCUAUUCAAAAAGUAAUUUGAGGCAAUGAGAGCAUGUUUUCUUGAGAAUCAGUUUAUAUUAUGUUAGACAUCUAUGUUAGCAUAACGUUUAAUAUUAAAUUUCAGACCAAGAACCCAGUGAAGAUAGUUGGUACCGAAGAAGCGGAAGAUGCCAAUUAUGAUUAUCUUAUAGCUUUCUUUAAUCGACAAACGAAAGAAGUCAAACUUCAGCCAACAACAGUUUUACAUUUCCAACCGAAGCAAGACGUUUCAGAAGACUUUUUGUCGGGUAGAAAGUAAGUUAUUUUGGUUAUUUUUGGUUUUUAGAGGAAGAGAAAAGACUGGCGGAUAAUAAUAUUAACAAAAGGUUCAAAAAUAUAUCAAAAUUUUGCAUUUUUAAGGAGAAGAUCAAGGACGGACUUUAACAAGGACAUGAACAAGGUGAAUGCGGAAAAUUGGAGAGAGAAAGCCAAUGAUCUUGUUAUGGAGUUUGGUAAUACGAAAAGAAGAAAGAUAUUGGAAGCUUCUUUGCGUCGAAAAGUCAAUGACGAUACAUUGGAGUCUUUGGGGACGUCUAUGUUGGAUUCUUCCAAGCUGGACUACUCGUUGCUGAAGGAAAGUGAGGAUGGAAAGCCUACACUUAAUUUAUCAAUGUUAAACACUGUAUGCUUUUGUUUAUUAGUUUGGUUUUUAGGUAAUACUUUAGCUGCGAACAAGGAUAUCUUAAAUAUAUUUUGUUUUAUUGAGAUAUAUUGUGUUAUAGUAGGUAUUAACUUUCUUUUUUCAAAAUAAUAGGUGCAAUUAAGAGUUUAUUGGAAUUGAAAGUAAUUCUAAUAGGUUUGUAAUGUAGCUGGAGGGAUAGUGGGAUUAUAUUCUUUAAAUUUCAGCCAGAAUCCAUGGUACUGCCGAGGAUGAAUAAAGAUGCAACUGGUGCUAAAGAAGUAUAUUCAUUAGAACAAUUUGUUAAGCCCGAUGACACAUUAACUUUAGGCCCUGCAGCCGCUGAAUUCUUUGCCGAAUUUGAGUCUGUGGAUCGACUGGUCGAAAAAGGUGACAUUUUGAUAUUAUUUUAGCUUUUAUAGGUAGUUUAUGUUAUUAUAGGUAUAGGUAAGUUAGGAAGCUUUAUGAAUAGUGUUUUGGUUAAUAAGAUUGUUGGAAAAUGCUUUUUAUCGGUUAAAACUGACCUAUUGUUUAGUUUAGUUUUGUAAUGCAUAUAAAACAACAUAUUAUUUUAGGUAUAUCUCGCUAUGUUGCUCAAUGUGUGGUAACGAACCUGAGGUCAGACAAAACUAUCUUCAUAACAGCCAUGAAGGUAAUUACAUGGAGUAGAUUAUACAAAGUGAGUUUUUUUGCCAUGCGGUCAAAAAUUAUCCAGAAUUUUUUUCCAUUGUUAACAUUAAUCCAUUAAUAAAACCUCUACUACAAUAUAAUUUCAGCACAUAACAGAAAAAGGUCGCGGAGGUCGAGUGAACGUCCAAGGAAUCGAACUUCCCUCACCAUUCAUCGUCGAUUUCGUAUCCGACUUUACAGAAGGCCAAAUCGGCCGACAGCCCGGCGUCUACAAGAUCAGUACCACUCUAAAACAUAAACUGGCAGCCCACACAAUGUGCCUCCUCCUACUCUUCAGCGAGGAAUACACACUACCAUUGGGACCACUAAAGACGGAGGUCGGGGUCUCGGAAGUUGAAUUCAAGAAAAUGGCGGAAGCCUUGGGCUGUAUUGUGAUGCCAGCCCCCGUCGAAGAGAUGACCAAGUGGAAAACGACCAAAAUCGCCAAACUAGUGGGACCAAAAACGAUGGCACAAGGGCAGAUGAUGAAGCGAAGGGGACGACGAUAG